AUGACACCAGGACAAAUUAUACAUGUCGGUGUCAAAGCUGCGCCUCUUAUACUCAAGAGGAUUGCUAGUCGACUAUUGCAGCUAGUAUUUAAACUAUUCAGGCUUGCAAGCAUUGCUUUUUACCGGCUUGUUGAAGCAGUAUUAAACGAACGCACAUUUAAGGAAUACUCGACGGAUUGGCUUCGAAAUUUUGCUGUUGUAUUAGGUUGCAUAUUAUUUACAGCAUCAGUUAACUAUAUUCCUCGCCCCGACCAUAUCUUUUACAAAUUCUUGUAUCGCUUUGAUACUUAUUUUUUUGAUGUGUGGCAGCAACCAGUGGGUUCUUUAACUGGGUUGUUAUUGACGAGUCUUGGCGCAUAUAUCUUAUACUAUUUUUACUAUAGACACAAUGAGGAAAACAAUAGCUUACCAAACCAUUAUAAUCAAUACUUCAAACUCAAACCACUACAAAUAUCCUCAGUAUUGAUGAACCAGGGUAAUCUUCCGCCAUUUUCGACAAUAGACAGCUCAAGACAUUCGACUUCGACAGCGGGGUCUGCAUCUGCAUCAUCAACUUUAUCUCCAGCAAGUGAUUCAAACUUGUUCACCGAAGGUGAAGAAGAAGAUAUCUUUGAUGAGUCUACGCAUUCAGACUACCAUUAUGCCUUUAAAUACCUUCAUGAUACAAACAACACAACUGUUCGAGACCUAUGGCGAAAAUUCCCUGUAAUCUUAUUCUCGCUUGCAUGGAUAAUAUUGAAUAUCUUGUAUGGCUUUAAGCACCCAGUCUACAAGACGAAAAACAUUGUUGCGUGGGUGUUUCAUGUACCAGUUCAUUUCAUUGUUCCACCGGUUGCUGGCGCUUGGCUUUAUAUUUGGCAUGCUCCGGGUGCUCUUCGUCUCUUGACAUUGAGCCUUGGAAUGCUCAACUCGGCUUUGAUUGUGACGUAUCUUCUUUUCCCUAAUGCACCACCAACAUUUAUUAAAUUGUAUGGGGAUAAUAAGGUCCCGUCAUUUGAUAUGAUUUACAGUGAUGGUCAAGCCUCAGAGGAUAAAAAGUUUUCAUUUCUUCUUCAUAAAGCUAUAUACUAUGCUACCCCACACAAGUUUGCAUCUUUCCCAUCGUUGCACUCGGCUUUUGCAUGCUUGAUUUGUUUUUUCGUUUGCCAUUAUUCCAAAUGGUCGUGGUUUAGACUUUUAAGUGUUGUUAAUGUUGUUGGCCAGUGGUGGGCGGAAAUUUAUUUGGACCAUCAUUGGAGAAUAGAUAGUCUAGCGGGCCUAGUUUAUGCGGUAAUUGUUUGGACGUUGUUUAAGAGUUACUAUCACACCAUCGCUGAAGUCGACACUAGGUUCAGCAGGGCAAGAAUAUCUGGAGACUUUGUACAUGGAAGCACCAUGGGUAUGCGCUUGUUUCGGGGUACAAAGCUACAAAAUUUCUUUGAUCCAUUGGCUUAA